CGUUUUGGCCCGCGGUCUCUAGUGACGCGUAUGACGUCACAACUCUCAAGCGGAGUCGAAAAUGGCGGAGCGUCGACUGUUGUGCUGACCCGAUUUUCACACAGCAGUCAAAAUGGAUGGAGAACUUCUGUCUUUGAAGUGGAACAACCACAGGACCACCUUCUAUCAUGUCAUCAGUGGUCUCCGUAAUAAGGAGACGUACACUGAUGUGACGUUGGCAUGCGAGGGCAAGUUCUACCCCGUCCAUAAACUGGUUCUGUCUACGUGUAGUGAAUACUUUAGUGAUAUUUUUGAACGUACUCCUUGUAAAAACCCCGUGGUGGUUUUAAAAGACAUACAGUGCCGUGAUAUAGAGUUCUUACUAGACUAUAUGUACAUUGGUGAAGUGAAUGUGAGACAGAAUGAACUCUCAUCCCUUAUAAAAGCGGCUGAAUGCCUAAGAAUCAAAGGGUUGGCGGUGCCAGACGAGGAGCCAAAAAAGGCCUCCAGUAAUAGUGUUAGUACAAGUGGAGUGCAACAGAGUGCGAGGCAACGGCCUGAACAACCCAGUCCGCCAGCCAAGAGACGGAAGGCGGAUGACAGGCGGCCGACCUCUAUAGGAACAGAACACAGCCCAGGUAGACCCCCUGGAGACCCCACUCCCACCAGCCCAGAUCGCCAGAGCCAUCCCCAGCACCAGCACUCAAGCACCGUAGACUUAGGCAGUGCGAGAGAACAGCCGGAGCAGCAGCAAGGUGGUGACGUGAGCACGGACAUCCCAACGGUACAAAUAAAGGUCGAACAAGAUAACUUCGAAACCACAGGCCAAGAUGACUACACCUCGGUUCAAAGUAAUAGCUAUGACGACGGGGGAGGGGAUGAUGGGGAUGGCCCCCAGGGGUCUGAGGGUAACACCAAUGAGUUCCCAGAGUUCCUCCAGUCGACUGUGGAAAAAGAAGAGCCUGUGGCCAUGAGUGACUUUAAUCCUAGUGAUUUCCCCGGGCCUUCGGGUCUACAAAAUAGUGGUUUAGCAACUUGGGAAAGUGAAAAUAGUUCAACAAACUUUGCGGAAGGUCUAUCUGGGGCUGUUGCAGCUGCAGUUGCUGCAGCAUCCCAGCCUCAGCGACAGCAACAACAGUUGGGGUGUGACGCGUCGCAGGGGCUUAGGUGUAGGCACUGCGGACUAUUGGCGAGGAACCCCUACCACCUACGGCAGCAUGUGAUGAUUCACACUGGGGAGAGGCCACUCAAGUGUAACCUUUGUCCAUACUCCUGCAUCAAGACUAAUGACCUUAAGAAGCACAUGGACACACACACAGGGCAGAAGAGAUACCAGUGUCCAUUUUGUCCCCACCGUAGUGCGAGGCGGAACAGUAUGAGACUGCACAUUGCCAGCAGGCACAGUCAGUUGACUGAUGUCCACCCGAGGUCCUCCAGCCCUUGCGGUCAGAGCUCAGAGCACCUGGAACAGUCUCGGAGUUUACGGAGCCAGGCCGCCGCUGCUGCUGCGGCUGUGGCUUCUGCUUCUUCGCUCAGCCAGGGACACUUCCCUAGCCAGCAUUCCCCAAAUUAGAUUAAGAAGGGAAGUUUUAAUGCUUUUUAAACUGCUGAGGAAUGUUAUGUGUGAUUGGUUGAAAAGGAAAAUUGUAAGAAAUUAUUUUUCAGCUAGCUUAUAGGUCAAUAUUUCCUUGCUUUCUCUGUGGUAAAUGAAAUUGAAUGUGUAUAUAUUUUGAUUUUAGAUAACUUCUUAAGACAGACAGUUAUUUUUAAACUGAAGAAAGUGCCAAUAAUAAAGUUUAUUAUUGUGAAAGAAGCCAAAUUAUUUAAUAGAUCUUUAUUAAUACUAUUUACUAUGAUUAUGUCCAAUUAUUUAUUUACCUAACAAUAUUAUUUUUUUAGUCAAGCAUGUAGUCCAGUUAAGGCAAGGCCUUUGGGCGAAGAGUCACUGUGUGGCCCAAAGCACCAUAGGAAACAAAUGUUGCAAUAAUGAAAGCAUGCCAAGGUAACAUUGUAAUCUUUCAAUUCAAUUCUGAACCCUGAGAGCUAAAUAUGUUGUGCUUGUUGACAAUGCUGAUAUAGGCCAACACUUAUUAAAAGAUCAGAGGUUUAGGGAUAGUGGCACACAGACUUGGCAGUCAGUUAUAGAAACCAGUUUACAAACAGGGAUUGUGGAAGUCUUAGCUUGCAGAUCAAUAAAUUCUGCUAGGCUAUUCUGUUUGUCUUUUUAUCCAUUUGUUAGCUCUUUUUUUCUCCCUCUAUAAAUCUUACCUGUUUACAUGUACCUAUUGUAACGAUCAGAUGUCUGUCUACAUCUGUGUUAUUGUUAAUUUUGUAUGUCUCUAUGUUCAUAUGUUUCUCUUUGUUUCUAUUAUUUCUAGUAUGUCAACUGUAUUUGUGGUAAUAGGUUCAGUAUGUAAAAGUUUAAUGGAUAUGUGCUAAGACAUGAAAUUUGGUCAUGGCAAAGGUGUAACAGCAUGAAAGUUGAUAAUGGGUAAGAGGCAUAUAUAAAUGCAGAUGAUUUAAAACUUUUUGUAUUUUUUUCAUCACAUUGUUUAACAGAUUGUAAAUGUUAAUAAACCACCCAUUUCCCCAUUAUUUUGUGGAACUUGAUAGUUCAUUUAAACUGAUUGAUAUAUGAUUUUGCAUCUGUUCUAGUGGUUAAUACAUCUUGGAGUCAAGUUGACCAUUGAAAAUUUUGAAAAACAGUUAUAUUGGAUAAAAUGCAGCUUCUGACUGGGUUAUUUUUUUCAUGCUAUUAUUGCCAUAGUUGUAGAGCCUCAAAAUUGAUUUUACAUAUUUAUGCCCCAAGUUUUAAACAGCAGUUUUGUGAAAUAUUAUUAUAAUGAUCUCUAUAAUUUUAUUGAAUAACAAGGUUCAGAGAGUCUGAGUCUCAUAUAUAGAUUCUGUUCCCAGGUUCACAUACAUACAAGCUUGAGAGCUUGAUUUCCUCUCUAUAUUAAUAGUGAGCUUUAGGACAUCUCUGUACUAAGGGAUUCCAGCAAGUCAUUUGUGAUGUAUGCUCAUUGAGCGAGUUAUUUUUUUGAAAAAAUAAAACCUUCGGCUGUUUACAUUGUCAUGUUACCAUAAUAACAAAUUCAAUAGCACAUUUGAAUAUUGUGAUAUUUUGUCAGAAAAUUACAAAAGAAAAGUUUUUGUUUUAAAUGAUUAAUUGUUAAGUCUGAUGUCAAAAUGAAAAAGUAGUGCUUUCAGCCAUUUAUUGUGAAACUAAAUUGGCUCUUCACUGUCGAUUGUUCAUAAUUAGACAGUACAAGUUUCUUUUGCAAAAUUCAGUCGUGAGUGAGUUGUAGCUCUUUGGUAAUGAGCAAGUAAGGUUGUUUGUUUUGUAUGUACAAAAUUUUUUGUAUUUGAUAUCCCAUCUUCAACUCCAUUGUCUUCCUAUCAACUACACUUCUGUCUUGUAAAGUUAAGGCCAUUUUAUGAAAUCAUCUUGGCUUUUCAAGAAUAUGAGUUUUGGAAUAAUAAUUGGACAGUUAUUGCAACUUGCACAAAGUGAGAUCUCAUAAUUUCUUGAUCAACGAAAUAUUUAUUUUUAUUUGGCACUUCUGAGGCAUUAAAACAUAGGUAGACUACUUAGGAUAGUUCAGUUGUUGCUGAUAUUUAAGAAAAGAAAAUGUAUUUUAUGUGCCAUAGUGUAAAAACAAAGUAAAGAGCUUUUUAAAAGGAUUGACCCUUUUUUAAUAAUCCUUCACAGGAGGAAGCACUCAAGUAUGUUACACUUUCAUUUUUUCUUUAUUUUUUUCAAUAUUGUUAUGUUUGAGUAUAAACAUCUGGAAAUGAGAGGUGAAGGGUUAGGCUCUGUGAUACUCCAGGAUAAUUUGGAAGUUGCUUUGUGAUAAAACUAUGAAUUUUAGAGGUGUGAGAACAGGGUGGUUCAUUGGGGUAAGGAAGGGUGUUGGGUUUGUGUUCUAUUUUCACAUGAUGAUGUUUGGUGUAAGUGUGGUGUUCUGAUAAUCAAUUUGUUUAGGCUUCAUCUCCAUGUUCAUGUCCUUCGUACGUAAUUAUCAUUUUUUGGUAAUUAUCAUUUUUUGUCUGGGAACCAAUGGUGAUGGUUUCUUAGUGGGAAUGAAAUUCAAAUAAAAAUAUUAAGGGGAAGGAAAAGUAACACACUUGUAAAUUAUAUUUUGCCAGGUGAGAUUUAGAAUUCAAGUAACAGGUGUUUGGAUAUUAAUAUUAAUGGAAAAGUUGUAUUUUUUUUUUCUGCAUUGU